CACGAUCACGCUGCAGCUGCGACUCCCAGCUCCAUCACUUCCACCUCUUUUCCGCAGAGUCAGUCCUUCUGCUCCGCAGCAGCGAUCACUCCCGUCUCCCCACGGACAUCCAGCAGCGCAGCACGGACGCCUUUCUCCUUCUGCUUCAAUGGCCAUCCGGGUGUUGGUGCUCUGCGCUCUGGUCGGAGCUCUCCUUGGUCAGGGACCAGACCAGAUGUCGGUAGCCGACUGCUGUAAAGACGGCCAAAGGCACGGAAAUCAUAACAGAGACUGCGCAUCCAUUCCUCUUAUUUCUGAAUCAAACACGUGCAGGAUAGUGCAAGAGCAGUGCUGCGUAACAGUGCUGGAAGACAACAUGUGCACAACUGGUAUCAACGUGGCAAAAGACCAAGGAGCCUGCGAUUCUUUGUUCACCAGCACCUGUGAGACCAAGACAACGAAGAUGUGCUGUGACUGUUGUCUCCUGGGGAAAGCGGCCCGAGAUCUGGGAAUCCCCUGCGACCACGGCCUGUCUGUGGGCUACCAGUGCAGCCUGGUGUCGAGGGCCUGCUGCGUGGAUGGAUCUACAGAUAACCACACCGGGCUGACUGACUCACUCAACAACGCCAACCCCAGAAGUGGAGAUAAAUCAUUCCUAAAUGAUCAAUGCCAAGGGAAGUGUGCACAUCUGUGUCAGGGGAAUGACACCUGCGGCUGUUUCAAAGGCUAUAAACUCCAUCCAGACAGAAAGAGCUGUGACGAUAUCAAUGAAUGUCUGAUCGGAGCUAGCAACUGUCGGGGCGGAGAGCGCUGCAUCAACACAAAAGGCUCCUUCCGCUGUCAGAGAGAGGUCAGCUGUGGGACUGGCUACGAACUCACCGACAGCAACAACUGCAAAGAUAUCGAUGAGUGUGAGGCCGGCAUCCACAACUGUGGCCCACAGUUCGAGUGCCAAAAUACGCAGGGGUCAUUUCGUUGUGUCCCAAAGGUGAAGUGUGGGGACGGCUUCAUUCAGGACGCCCUUGGAAACUGCAUCGAUAUCAACGAAUGUAUUAUCCAGACUAAUCCAUGCCCCCGAGGGUCGCUGUGCAUCAACAGCGCGGGCUCCUUUUCCUGUCAGAAAAAUUCUGUGAACUGCGGUCGGGGAUACCACCUUAAUGAAGAUGGGACACGCUGCAUUGACAUUGACGAGUGUAAGGGUUCGGAAGAAGUGUGUUCAGGUCACGGCUGCGUCAACCAGUUGGGCUCGUACCGCUGCGAGUGUUCAUCUGGAUUCAACUUCAACAGUAUCACUCGGACUUGUGAAGAUAUUAAUGAAUGCAGACACUACCCUGGCCGCCUGUGCGCCCAUAAGUGUGAGAACACCCUUGGGUCCUACAAGUGUAGCUGCACCAACGGCUUCAUGCUGUCCGGUGACGACAGGAAUUGUGACGAUCUGAACGAGUGUGAGAGCAAUCCCUGCAGUCAAGAGUGCGCCAACGUGUACGGCUCCUACCAGUGUUACUGUCGCCGUGGCUACCAGCUCAGUGACAUAGAUGGAAUCACUUGUGAAGAUAUUGAUGAAUGUGCCCUCCCCACUGGAGGUCACAUUUGCUCCUAUCGCUGUCACAACACUCCCGGCAGCUUCCACUGCUCCUGUCCCGUUGAAGGUUACACCUUGGCCGGGAAUGGGCGCAGCUGCCAGGAUAUUGAUGAAUGUAUCAUCGGGAGACACACAUGUUCAGAGAACGAGAGCUGCUUUAACAUACAGGGGGGAUUCAGAUGUCUGUCUUUCGACUGUCCAGAGAACUACCGACGUGCCGGCGAGACUCGAUGCGAACGCUUGCUUUGCAAUGACUCUGUCGACUGCCUGACCAUGCCCCUGAGAAUAACCUUCUACUACCUCACCUUCCCCACCAACAUCCCCGUCUUCACCAACAUCUUCCGCAUGGGCCCCUCCCACACCGCGCCUGGCGACGACAUCCAGAUCGCUAUCACCGCCGGCAACGAGGGCGGUUUCUUCAAAUCAGAGCAGAUGCCCAAUGGCGGUGUUUUGUCGGUGGCAAAGCUCAUCAACACGCCACAGGACUUUGAACUGUCUGUGGAGCUGACCCUGCGGCGCUAUAACAGCGUCAGCAUAUACCUGGCUAAAGUGCUCGUGUUUGUUACCCAGGAGCAGCCCAGAGUAUCUUAUAAUCCCUUACUAGAAUAAACAACAGAGUUUUUCAGGGCUAAACGUGCGACUACACUGUUAAAAAGCGUGUACAGUAACUGCAGAUUAUCGUGGAGGGAAAAAUUCAAUUGGUCAAUGAGUAAAAUCCAAUUUAGGCAUGGUAAACAUCAGCCUGCCACAGUCUACAUGAUUGCUGCAUACUGUAAAGGUACAUCCUUUUAGAUAUUACUUUGGUGAACUAUUUUGGUGUACUGUAUUUCAAACAAAUUUGUGACUUUUAAAUGAAACUGGGCAACUUUGAACAUUUAUUCACAUUAUCCAUGUCUAUCUGUAACACAACAAUUCAAACUAAUCUUUUUCUGAAGCUGUGUCUAACAAUUAUUUUUGCAGAUUCAUUUUAACAAAAUACAAUAACUCAUGAAAAUAAAAAAAAGCACAGUUUUUGUUCCAAAAGCAUUUCACACAGUCUUUUUGGCAUUAAACUUAAGUGUUGUGCUAUAGCUGUUUAAAUUAAGUGCAGCUGAAUGUACUUUUUUAUCUUUAGUUUCUAUUUUUUUGAAGGUGAAGCAUUGUCAAAGCUGAUACUGUAGGUGGCGUCCUAGGUCAGGCUAAAUCACAAAAAUGUGUCUACAAGCGAGUGUAAUUUUUAUGACGGUUGCAUGAUAAAGCCUGACAUUUUUCUGCAGUAUUUUAUGGUUUAUGUGUUGGAUGAACGCUUUUCUAUUAAAACUUAAAUAGAAAUAACACAUGUUCAAGUCAAAUCCAGUUCCUGAUUAUGGUGCAUUGUGGGGUUUUAAUCAAAUGCAGCGAGGGGAGCAGUUAGGAUGUGACGCCAAGUCUGAAGAGUUCCCUCACAUAGUUUUAUAUUACUUGUAUUCCAAUAGAAUAGAAAAAAAGUAUUUAUUGCACAUGUGUGAACUUAAAAGUACACUUUGUCAUCUGAUUAGAAAAAAAAAGGUCAAAACGCUUUUAGUACCCAUAAGAAAAGUAGACAGCAGCUAUAUUCAUUAGUAAUCAAUAUAAAUGAGUAUAACCUUAAUGCAUUACAAUGAAACAGAAGUCAGAGUUUUCUACUUAUAAAUUAAAAUCUCAAGUUAUGCACAUUAGCAUGCACCAAAAAUGUCACCACUUAUAAAGUCAAUAAAGUAAUUCCAUACUUCCAGCCUGCAGUUAUAAACCUCAUGUAUCACAGCUUCCUUUUCCCGAAUGUCAGUUACCCUGCACCACAUCAACAUCUUUCUGCAGC